AUGUUAAUGUCCGAUGCCACAUCGAUUAACUUUCCCAGUGAAGAUAUCGAAAACUUGCCACUAAAAUCACCUUUGAUCGAAACUUCACCAACGGCAUCACUGUCACAAACUAGAACUGUAAGGCUAGAUGACCAACCAUCUCCGGAAGGAGCUACAUCUUCUUGGAGUACACAAGGGACAAUGAAAAACAUAGAAUUCACCAAAACCCAGGAAUUACUAGUUCCACCUCCAUCUGAUCCAUUUGAGGCAUUCCGGUUACUAUUAGACGAUAAUAUUCUAGAUUUGAUAGUGCGUGAAACUAAUGCAAAUGCCAUUCGAUUACUGAAAGCCCCUGGUGUCAAACAAUACUCACGAAUAAUGUCCUGGAAAGAUAUGACACGAACUGAAUCGUUAACAUUUCUUGGGUUAGUCCUUCACACAGGUACAAUCCGGCUGAACAGACUCUGCGAUUACUAA